AUGCUCGCGUUACGAGAGGGGAAAUGGCGAGGUGCGUGAUUCCCAUCGAAACACGAGAAUAAUGGCGUAUUGACAUCGUCCUAGGCAAUCCACCACCACCUCUCGGCCACGACCCGGAAGGGAAGACCCUCGGAAUCCUCGGCAUGGGCGGUAUCGGCCGCAACAUGAAGAAGAAGACCGACGCCCUGGGCAUGAAAUGCAUCUACCACAACCGCAAUCCUCUCAGCGAAGAACUCGCCGGCGGAGCGAAAUAUGUCUCCUUCGACGAACUGCUAGCGCAGUCAGACGUCCUGAGCCUGAAUCUUCCAUUGAACGUGAGCCACCGCAUACAUUCAAGCCUAUAUUUCUCAUACUAAUGCUUGUUCAAAUGUUUAGAAAAACACUCGCCACAUCAUCUCCACCCCUGAAUUCGCCAAGAUGAAGCAUGGUGUUGUCAUUAUUAACACCGCCCGCGGCGCAGUCAUCGACGAAGACGCCCUGGUCAAGGCGCUCGAGAGCGGACAGGUCCUCUCAGCCGGUCUGGAUGUAUAUGAAGAAGAACCGAAAAUCCAUCCGGGCUUGAUUGCUAACCCGCAUGUGACGCUGCUUCCGCACAUGGGCACCUGGACUGUAGAGACGCAGACCGCAAUGGAGGAGUGGUGUAUUGAGAACGUGAGAAUGGCAGUUGAGGAGGGCAAGUUGAAGAGUCCUGUACCCGAGCAGGCGGAUUUGUGA